AUGCUUCAGUCAGUUCCAGCUAGAUUCACAAUAGUUUUACUUAUAACCACUAACAUUUUGGUUGCUGAAAUUGAAUUUGCUCAAAGAAGAAAUGGAAAGGUAGUUCCUGUUGGGAGUUUAAAUAACCAACAUAAUUCAAUGUUAUUGCAGAACAGAAAUGCAGCUUCCAAAUUUAUUACAAAUGUUAAUGGUAUAAGCGAAAAGACGUUCCCUAGUGACAACUCAAAACAGGACUUAGUAAAGUCGGUAUUUUUAAAAAGCAACUUCCCUACAAAUGCCAAAUUAUAUCCUAACACCAAUGUUAUAAGUGGUUCGGAAAAACGAAAGUUCAGCUUCCUUCUGGAUUCAGAUAACAGUAAAUCAAUUGGAAAUAAAAACAUUGCUGAAACAACAAAGGUCCAACAUUUAACCACGCCCGAUUUGAUCACUAAUACUGAUAUUAAGGUCCUGCAAAAAUUUGUCAAGAAACUCAAGAGCUCUGUCAAAACUGAGGAAAAAGGAAAAGCUUCAACCAUCUCAACACAAGAAACUUCAAAAUUAGCUUCUAGCAUUGGGCCUAAUAAUUUAUUAAGGAAGCCAAGCAAUACCCAAUCAGCGGGUGACCCAUAUCAACAAUCAAAUUUGCAAAAUAGUUAUGAUAAUAGGGAGCAGUAUUCUUCAAAUCAAGAUGAGAUACCGUUGAACAACCAAAACAAUAUCUCUCCAAAAGAUAAAAAGGUCAGUCUUCAACAAACUAAUAACUUAAAUAAUAUGUCAAAAUCUGAUGUCGACGCUCUGUUAGCAGUCGCUAAGGAAUGGAAACGUUUGCACUCUAAAGGAAACGAGAAUCAACCACACAACCAUGAACUUAAAAUCUCCAAUGAAAAAAAUAACAUGCAAGGAAUAGUUAACAAGCAAUCAAGAGAACGUGGAUAUUCUACUCCAAAGUCUCAAAGAGAGCGAAAGUUAUUUUUUCCGAAACAAAAUUACAUGAAGACCAAGCAACCAUUUAAUGCAGGUAAUGAAAGAGGACGGAAAAUAAAGGUUAAUCGUAUUUCAAAGUUAGCAAGAGCUAAGGAUACAACAAAACUCACAAAUGAGAAUACAAUAUCAAAUGAUCCAGGCCUACAGUUAAAGGAGACAGUUGAUAAAGCUAUUGAAAAUACAACCCAACAACUAUUGCAAUUUAUAAAGUUAGAAAAACAUUUAAAAGGAUUACAAAAUGGUUCAUUCCUGAACGAAAGCAAAAACGACAUCCACUAUACAAACACGUUUAUCAACUUGAUCAACACAAUGCGCAACUCUAAAAAUUUAGGAGGCGACGAAAGAGAAACGAAACACAAUAACUUCAAGGAGAACAAAGAGAACGAUUUUAAUUCUGCUAGGCAGAUACGAUUGGAAAAGCAAACAUCUCUUAAUCAAAAAGAACAUUCAAGUUUUUCGCAAAACGGUAAAGAUAGUCAGGAAUUUAAAACGGUUCAGAAAAAGAUUGCGAAAGAAAGAAAACUGAAACAACGCCUCAAAGCAAAGUCUCAAGAUCAAAUAUCACACAAACUAAGGCAAAAACAACAAAUUAGAAAGCAAAAGGGACUUGGGCAAUCACAAUCGCAGCAAAACAAAAGUGAAGAACAACGAAAGAAAGUUAAAACACAAAGAAAAACAGAUCAGAAAGAAAAAUACAAAUCUCACAAGCAAGAAAACGACUUGAAACACGCAGAGGAGAAUCACGAACACAAACAACAAAAACAAGAACAACAAAAACAAACGCAACAUCGACAUGAAGAAGAACAGCAGCAACAACAAAAACUUCAACAACAACGAGAACAGGAACGACAAGAAAAACAUCAAAAACAACAACGGCAACAACAACAACAACAACAACAACAACAACAACAUGAAGAACGAGAGCAGGAAAAACAAGAACAACAAAAACAGCAGCAGCAAGACAAUCAGGAAACAGAAAAAGAGUCGGGAAAAAAUUCUGAAAAGAACCGACAAACAAAUGUAAAAAAUGAAUACAAUAUUCAGGCUGAUCAGCAAGAAGAAAUUAAAGAACAAGAAUUUCAAUCUCCAAACACAUCUACAACAGAUGAGCAAAGAGAAGACUAUGUUCUAAAAGCAGCCAGACACUUUCGUAUGAAAACUAUGAAACAUUUGAUAGCAUCUUUAGCUGAGGAUCCAUUUGAUACCUGGAUUUAUCACCAGAAAAGCUUUGAUGAGCUUGGAAUUACAUCAAGUCUUCUCAAAGCAGGAAUAGUCAAUCUUGGAUCUAGUAAGCCAAUGCAAAAUGCAGUACGAAAGGCUGUUAGAGGAAAAAAUGUCAAAUUGCUGGUUGUAGGAGGUUCAAUUUCAGCUGGUGGAGGGUUGUGGAAAGAUCGUGGAAAUAUAGAUGGUGUGUAUCACAGAGCUCUUGCAUACUGGUGGAAGAGGACAGUCACUCCAGUUACAAAUUCUGAAAUGGAGGUCACCAAUGUAGCAAUUGGUGGAACAGAUUCCGAAUAUUUCUCAUAUUGCAUAAAUAAUUUUUUGGAUAGUGAUCCCGAUAUUGUAUUUUGGGAACUAUCUGCAAACGACUACAAUAGAUUUAACGAAAGAAAUUUUGAUCCAAGUAAACCAUUGGAACAACUUACAAGGAUAAUUUUACAACUUCGCUCUCAUCCUGCUCUUAUUUAUGUCAACUUUUUUCGCGGAGAUAAACAGAACUUUGAACUGGGUGAAAAAUGUCCGGACUCUGAGGAAACUGAGGUAGAUGUCUUGUCACGAUACUACGAUAUUCCAUCCCUGAGCUGGCGAAGAAUGGUUUGUAAUUUGAUUACAAAAAGAACAUUUGUUACUCAAGAGUUAUUCGGUGAUGAUGGUUAUCAUCCAAAUCUCCUGGGACACGCUCAAGUCGCAAUGUUAUUAAUGAUGUACAUUAAGGGAGUAUUUGAAAGUGUUUUAGCGGACGAUUUAGGCAACAUGAAAAAGUUUAAUAUUCUAGACGAAAACGACGUUGACUUUCAAGAUGAUUUUCAAUUGAAGAUCCCAGCAUUCAAAGAUCCUCUGAAUCCAAAACCUAGCUGUUGGACUUUGCUUACACCAGACUAUACAAAGGUCUUCAGGAAUACUUUAAAUGAAGUUAAUGUGUUAAAAGGAGAGGGAUUUGAGUUACGCAAUGUAACAGCUUGGGAUGUUCGCACAGAUAGAAUACAAUGUCUCUUUGCAACAAAACCAGGUGCAAUAUUAGAUCUAAGUCUCAAUGUACCUGUUUUAGAUUAUGAUAAGAAUUUACCUUUGGCUGAUGCGCAGACUAGAACACUAGCUAUUGCAAUUCACAAUAAGUUUGGCGGAGCAGCUGAUGUACAACUGGAUGAGUUACCCAGUAAAGCAUCAGUUGCAACUGGAACAGGAAAGCUGAAGCAAACAAGAGUACAUAUUGUAAGCGAAGAUGUUCGUCCAGGGGUUCAUAAUUUACGUUUUCGUUCUUUGUCAACUGGAUUUUGCCUCACAUCUAUAAUGGUCAUUUGA